AUGUUCAGGGCCAUAAGCUUGAGCCUCGUCGCCGCCGCUUCCUAUUUCUCCAUCGUCGCAGGGAUUCCGACAUGGGAGAACUCAAUCUCUAGGAGCGUCUUCGAGUCGCCCUUUGUGCCUGGUGCCAGCAUCCUCGAGGUACUUGGUCCUAUGCGCCGCACGAGGCAAGCCGACGAUCCCAAGUAUCUGGGUGUCGGUGCUCCCCAUGGCUACACCGGCAGGGCCGUGGUCCAGAAGGAACCAUUACCUCCUCUGUUCUUCAUUAACCAGAAUCAACUAUGGCAAUACAAUAACGAAUCUUACAUUUACCCCGUCAACGUCGUCAACUCUACUCUCACCGCGGACGCCCCCCUUCAGCUCACCAUCGACGACAAGCAAAAGGGUAUCAAUGGCAGGUGGAGAUGGGCAGGCUCAUCCCUCCAAUACGACUACAGUGACAAAACCAACCGCGGUGUCUACUACACUUGUCAAGAUAAAUCAGGUCUCAAGGGUGUAUAUAUGUUCUUGGAUAUGCCAAAGGUCCAACCCCACGGUUGCGAAGUCGUGACUAUCCACGGUUUCAUGAGGCAAUAUUGA